AUGGCGGAUGCUGUGCGAAUAAGUGACGAUCAGUUCCGCCGCAUCUAUGAAGCUGGGUUUACUUUAUGGGCUCAGCUUCAUCAUAACAGCAAGAACUCCAACCUUCCUGUCUAUUGCCUCCGCCUCCAGGACGCGUUUUGCAUGCAGCCGUUCUUUCCGCGUAAUCUGAACCUCAAGCAAGAUGAGACUCGGGUUCUAGCUACUGGAUAUUCCUUCUGGGAAUUGACGGGAGCAGAUUGCAAGUACGGGUUGCCGUCGUUUCGGCAACAGGUCAAAAUAGGUGUGACAGCCGGGGCUCCAAUUUCGCUAUUAAUAACGGGGACGCAAAACGAUUCUGGCUGCGCAUCAUGGUUUAUUCGUGACGACAACUACCUUGCUAUCCUGAUACUGGCCUGGGCAUAUAUCCUAUCGGCCCGCUGGACAGAAGUCAUGCCUGGACCUUGCACCCUAACGUACACCGAGAGUCAGGCAACAUACCACGACGCUACAAAUCACCAGAAUAAUCGGAAUUGUAUUGAUGUUGACAUUGGUGGUGUAAGUCCGGAAGAGGCUCGAUGGUGGGCCGCCAUUCUAGCACGGGGCCAGGGUUGGCAAGCGACCAUGACAUUUGAGCACAAUACCUCGCUAUCGCCUUGGUCGAUCCACCUUCAGCGGAGCCCCCAGUUUGUUUUAUCGCGGACAUUAGGCGAAUCACUUUUGCGGUGCUCGAUCCCGUCCUUUGCUGACUCUUACAGCUAUCUCACCAAAUUCUGCAUAUAUCACAAUAUUAUCGACCAGAGCCACACUGCACUCGCUGCUGUUCUUUUGCUGCCAUCUAUGGGCGCCUCUCGAAUAUUGCAACUCCCAAUCCCUAGAAUCAGCACACGGAAGCGAUCAGAAGACCUAUUCACCUGCCCCGGUGGCUCAUUACAGCAUAACUGGGUGCACCAAGAUCACUUGGACAAGCUUCUCACCUUAAGCUGCAACAUCAGGGGCAUACGUCCUAUGCUUCUCAGCGUUUUCUACGAACCAAGCAUAGAAUGCAAUGCCGUCUCUGCAUGGCUUCAAGGAGCUCUGGCUGCUAUUGGUUCUUUGACCAAGAACAAUCUAUGCCCUGCCAGCCGCUCUUCUCUCCGGAGAGCGGAUUAUCCGGCGAGCACUAAAAGGAAGAGAGAAGGCACUUGGGGCAGCCUACCCAGACACGCUUACUAG